AUGUUAUAUCUUGAAGAUUAUCUUGAAAUGAUCGAACAUCUUCCUCAGGAGCUCAGAGAUCGAUUUACAGAAAUGCGAGAAAUGGACUUAUCAGUACAAAAUAAUAUGGACACCUUAGAGAAAAGAGUACGAACCUUAUUUGGCAGUUGUCGACGUGGAGAGAUAAAUACUGAUCAAGCUAAUACAGAAUUUGCAGAUAUAAAAAGAGGCUACAAUAAAACUAUUGAGGAAGCAGAUGAAAAAGUUACAUUAGCCAACCAGAUGUAUGAUUUAGUGGAUCGCUACUUAAGAAGACUAGAUACUGAACUACAUAAGUUUAAAUGUGAAUUAGAAGCAGAUAAUAAGGGUAUAACUGAGUUACUAGAGAAACGCUCCUUGGAUCUUGACACAAAUACGAACCAUUCAAGCACAUCUAAUAAUAAUCAUUAUAAAGACAACAGGUACAGAAUUCGCGCUGAGAAACGUCGCGACAGUUGGGGUACACGGGAGUCUAGGGCUCAUGCUAGCAAUGGAAACCUAUCUAGAACUGAUUCUGCAAUUCAAGCUGCGUUGGGGCGCGAUUCGUAUUCCGUGGGACAAGCUGAUAACACCAUAGUGAUUGCGGCCAGCCAGGCGAUCGUCGCCACUCAACAGAUGCAACAAGGCCGCCGCACAGCAGCGCUAAAGGCUUCGUACGAGGCGUUCGGCCCGGAACCGACCCAUCACUCUAUUCACCAGGCCCAUCACACUACACAUCACGACCAUGGUCACGGAAUAUCGGCCACUCACAGUCAAAGUAGCAGUGUCCAUGGACAUCAUACCACCUCGCACGGACACAGCACCUCGUCCUCCACGAACAAGCGCCACAACAAGCAAAAGAAAAGCGCGUACAGUUCAAGUUCCGGUGUGUCGUCACACGCACAACAAACAGUCGUCGCGGCUGCAAGUCGUUCGUCUUCGCCCACCGUAGUUGGCAUUAAUAAUGUAGUGAACAACGUAACUAUCGAAGAGCCAAUGGAGGAGGAAUGGACUUAUGACCCUAACGAGCCACGCUACUGCAUCUGCAACCAAGUGUCUUAUGGCGACAUGGUCGCCUGUGACAAUCAGGAUUGUCCGUACGAGUGGUUCCAUUACCCAUGCGUGGGCAUCACGGCGCCUCCAAAGGGCAAAUGGUACUGCCCACAGUGCCAGACCAACAUGCGACGUAAUCGCAACCGCAAGAAUUAA